AUGACGACGGCGCGAGACGAGCGAAACCAUCAGGAAUGGUACGGCUUCGACACGGGCCCUCCACCGGGCGCCAACGCAGCCCCUCCGCCAGGUUACUACCAGAACCAGCCGCCAGCAUACCAGCAGCAACCGUAUCCGACCCAGAGGCCGCAAUGGGUGCCAGUCACGCAGGUCCGGAGGCCGAGGCGGAAGUGGUCGCGGACGAACUCGGUUCUUCGACAGAUAUCCACGGUGUUACCGAUCGUCAUGAUUAUCCUCAUAAGCUACCUGUAUAUCCGGGCGCAUUAUCGGAUGCCGAUGGAUUUCCCUGCCGAUAACAUCAUUUGGGUGCCGUUGUAUACUGUUCUUCCUUUGUCGUUCGCGAACCUAGUGUGGUCGGUUGUCAUCAUCGCCGUCGCUAGAAGAGCAGAGCACAGAGGGAAGCCCAUGCCGGCGAUGCUGCAGUUUGGGGUUGAGCUGGUUCUCGCGGUCGGUGCCAUGGUGUGUUUUGCCGUUAUGGUGUGGUAUUUGCAGAAGACGUGGGACGAUUAUUCGCUGGUGUCUUCUACGCAUUCUCUUGGAUGGCUGCUCGGUUUGCAGAUGAUUGCUAGCACAGCGCUAUGCGUCAUUGCUGGGCUGAAGAUGAAGAAUGAGCGCAAAGAGAGGGCGCAGCAGGAAGAGAGUUAUGUUAUCCGGUAG